CCGGCGUUAUGGCCGCUCGGCAGCCGCUGCGGGUCUUGUGCCUGGCGGGCUUCCGGCAGAGCGAGCGGGGCUUCCGCGAGAAGACUGGAGCGCUGAGGAAGGCCCUGCGGGGCCGUGCGGAGCUCGUGUGCCUCGGCGGCCCGCACGCGGUUCCCGACGCAACGGGCCCCGUGGGCGCCGGGCCGGACGGCGGGCCCUGUCUUCUGGAGGAGCAGCCUCGAGGCUGGUGGUUUUCAGACCAGGACGCAAACAUUUUCAACGCACUGGAAGAGCCCACAGUGUGCAGAGGUCUGGACGAAGCCCUGGAAACGGUGGCACAGGCACUGAACAAGCUGGGGCCCUUUGACGGGCUCCUUGGUUUCAGUCAAGGGGCUGCACUAGCAGCCCUUGUGUGUGCUCUGGGCCAGGAAGGCGAUCCCCGCUUCCCCUUGCCGCGGUUUAUUAUCCUGGUAUCUGGUUUCUGUCCCCGGGGCCUUGGACUCAAGGAAUCCAUCCUGCAGAGCCCCUUGUCACUGCCUUCGCUCCAUGUUUUUGGGGACACAGACCGCGUCAUCCCCUCUCAGGAGAGUAUGCAACUGGCUAGCCGAUUCCCUGGAGCCAUCACCCUCACCCAUUCUGGUGGCCACUUCAUUCCAGCGGCUGCACCCCAGCGCCAGGCCUACCUCAAGUUCUUGGACCAGUUUGCAGAGUGAAAGUUCAACAGUUGGGGCAGCCUCUGUAACCUAUGCCGCAGCCCACCCCCCGCUUC